GGAGGAUACGGCCACUGGUGGAGCCAUGCGGCUUUAAAUGUAAGCUGUUGGACUGUCUGCGUUUCGCCUGUGCCAUGCAUCCUUGUUCCCUCUCCUGUUAGCCGUGUGAGGACUCUCUGGGGCUUGGCUCCUAUAAUCUGAAUUUUCAGGGGGGCACAUAUCUAAUCUCAGAAUACCACAUACAGGAGUUUUUUCCCGUUGCCAUUGGCUCUGCCUCUUCACAUGCGGGGUGAGUCAAGCAGGAGACAUAGAUGUUCUCGUUAAAAACUGACGCUCGUAUUCCCGCGACAUCAUCAUCCCACACUAGUGAGGGCUCCACGGUGUGCGGUGUGAGAUGCUCAGUCCUGCACGGUAGCAGCUACGGAAGGCGCGCUAGUCUCCACCACAGGAGCGCAGGUACCGGAUCAGCAGGCUGCUUCCUCUUUUUUUACCGAGCACCGGACACGCCGGGAAACAGUGCGCUUUUUCUUUUUGGAGGGGGGGAGGGGGGUGUUGCUCUUCCCCAGCCUCCUACACUCCCGAGCGAUGGCAUUUACGGAUCGAUCAACGGGAGCGCCCGCCUGCUUGAUGUCGUCAGCGCUGCUGCAGUGGCACCGACAGUUGACCCCUGCCGGGAUUAUGAAAUGGUUGAGGCCCUGAGCGAUGCAGUCUCUGUUCGGCGGAGGGGAGCUGGGGCUCCUGGGAGGCGGCGGCGGCGGCGAUGCCGGGGGCCUGAAGGACGACGGCUGCGGUGGCGUGGCGUGGCACUCCUCGUCCCCCGACGACGUCUACUCGGCCUCCCACUUCGCCCUCAUCAGCGCCUACCAGGAGAUCAAGACGAGGCUGGCCCUGCUGGAGCGCGAGAACACCAGCAACAAGAGGAAGCUCAAGAUCUACGAGAUCAAGUUCCCCAUGAUCAAUGAGUUUGGGGAGGACACCAACUCCUACUGCUCCUUUGAGAGCAAGGAGACGGCGCUGCUGCACUCAGAAAAUGGCAGCCUGCAGCAGAGAGUCAACGUCCUGACCCACGAGCUCCAGAAGAGAAAGGAGAGAGAGGAGCAGCUGGAGGACGUGAUCCAGGCCUACGAGAAGAUCCACAUGGAGAAGAGCAACCUCCAGAGGGACCUCGACAAGAUGACCGGCCUGGUGGAGAAGCACGUGGAGCGUACCCUGGGCCUGGAGUCGGCUCUGAGGCAGAGGGACAACUCGCUGCAGAAACUCAACAUGCAGCUGCACAGCAAAGACAUGCAGUACCUGCAGCUGCACGCCGGCCCCGACGCACACAUGCUGGACUGUCCAGCUUUGACCCUCCAGAGCUCCCGUAGCCUGGACGCCCUGUCCGACCUGAAGCUGCAGCGGCUGGAGGCUGAGCUGGAGGGGGCGCGGCACGAGGCCCAGGGGGCGUGUCGGAGGGAAGAGGAGCUGAAGGGGGAGUGUGAGAGACUGAAGGAGGACAUGAGGAUGCUGCAGAACAGCCAGAGGGACCGGGAAAUGACUUCUCCGUGCAAGCAGUGUGAUGUGGAGUGGAUAAAGAAGGUGGGAGAUGAGCAGGUGAACUUGGCUCUGGCCUACACAGAGCUGACGGAGGAGCUGGGACGCCUCCAAGCGCUGAGCUCCAAGCAGACGGAGAUCCUGAGGAAAGCGUCGCAGGAGCAGGCUAGUCCAGUCCAGCGUCACUCUCCCAUCCACCACCAGCGCCACUCUCCGGUGUCUCAGCGCCACUCGCCCAUCUCGCAGCGGCACUCUCCGGUCCCGCCCCCCUCACACCACUCCCCGAUCCAACAGAGACGCUCCCCGGUGCUGCAGCGCCUCUCCCCGGACAUGCACCGCCGCUCCCCCCUGCUGGACGUCAACGACGGGCCGGCCUCUUACUCCUGCCGCCCUCCCAGCCAGCACCUGAGGGCCAGCUUCCAGGGCCGCCGCAGUUACUCCGAGGUGGCCGACCCCUCCGCUUACCAGUGCCCUCCCCGCUUCUCCCUGGACCCCGUCGCCACCCUGCCUAAGCCUCGGCCCUACAUUGACAGCUACGCGAAACAGCAGCCCCAACACGUGGGCUCUCCUCAUGGGGGACUGCAGCACAGAGGCUCCCCGUCCCACCAUAAAGGUGGCCCCGGAGGAGACGGGGGCCUCGGGGAGAGCUCCAUGCGCCACUCGAGAGAGAUGCCAUUCCCACUGUCGGAGGUGGGCCACCUGCAUUUUGAGCCCCCUCCGCCUUCCACACCGGCCCCCCAGCCCCCACAGUCCUCCGAAGAUGAGGAGGAGUGGAACUGCCCGCAUCCCAUCAGCCCCCCGCGGACGCUGGGCGUGCUCUCCUCCACGGUGCCCGGUGGCGUCAUGAGAGGCCCGGCGUCCUGCUCAGUCUUCCCCAUCCCUCAGAGGUCCAACACCCUCAGCUGCCACCCGCAGCCGGGGUACAUGUCAGCAGAGCACGCUCAGUCCUGGCCUUCAAUCAAUCUCUGGAUGGAGACGGAGGAGAGCGACAUGCGGAGCUGCCCUCUCUGCCAGCUGAUCUUCCCCAUGGGUUACCCUGACGAUGCCCUCAUCAAGCACAUCGACUCCCACCUGGAGAACAGCAAGAUCUGAUCGGCAACCAGCCCGCACACAUCAGUGCUCUCCUCUUAUAGAUUACGUCACAGGACGGGGAGUCAGAAUGCGGAACGACCAAUGCGCGAUAAUCUAUAGGUUAGGGAUGCAAAAUGAGCGCAGGGGCCCGGUUAUAUUCGGGAAGCACUUAAAAAUACGGGUCUCUCUUGGACUCCUGAGUCCACAUGCAGAGUCCCUCACUGGAUCGCCCUCCAGACAGCUCUGCCCGUAUCAUCACCGGCUCUGGUUGCUGCUGUUUUGUAAUGAGUCUUGUCGUGUGGUUUCAGCCGGUUUUCAGGUAUCGUGUUGUUUUUUUCCGCUUCACAGUGUUGUACAUGUUGAUUUAGCAAAGUACGAGGUAUGAGAGGCGCGCUGGCAGGUUCAGGGGGCUCUGCAUGUCAAAAAGUUAGUGUUCAUCCGUGAAUGAUCAGGGAGAUCUAAAGGCGUCAGAGUACUCUCAACACUUAGCUUUAAAUACUGUUCACCUUGUUGGACAUUUUCUAUCUCACACACGAAUAGUACAUUUCUCUUCAGAGGACAGUGAUCUGGUAAAAAAACUUGUUGAAACGAUCUGACAGAUAAAUGAUGAGUCGUCAGAGUGAUGCUGAAGUGAGGAGAGAACGUUGAGGAUUUCUAACUGAUGCCGGCUCACUUUCACUUCUCUGAAAAACAAGAUUUCCGUGGCAGUUAGGAAAGUAUAAAACAUUCCAGUCUCACAUUUCAUCUGCUGACAAAUCAAGCUGGAGAAUACGAAUGUGAAAGUGUGUUUGGUUUUAUCCCUCAAGCGAGUGAUGAUGAUGAUGAUGCCCUGCAGGGCGGGGCACUGCUGUUGAAGCGCCGUCUCUACAAGUGGAGUCAGAAUAUACCUUAAUGCUUGCGGCUUGUUCAAAAAUCUAAGUAUGUUAGCACUUUAAGUUGGCACAGCCUAUACGAUAUAUCCGUGUUCGGUCCCCAUAUACUGUAUAUUUUCCACGUAUAAUUUACUAUUUAUAUUGACUAUCUGUACGGCAAAAAAAAUAUGAAGAUAUAUUUUUGCAAAUGUUGACAUGUCUGAUGUUGGUGUUCCUCCCAUGUGCUCGCACACUGCUGUAUAUAGAGCAGUUGAGAGUAAAAGUCCCACCGCAUGGGAGACUUUUCUGUACAAAGAUUUUGAAAUGAACAACUGGGAUUCUUCUCGGUCUUCCUAAAGAUCUGAACAAAACAAAACAGUUUGAUGUCACGACUGCCCA